CAGGUGCCGGACCACAUGCGUCUAGCAGCCGGAGAGUUAGUGCAGAGUACAGGCACCGUCCCGUACACACAGACACAGCAGCCUCAGCGCUCUCCUUUCCCCGCUGAGCUGGAUCACUGCAACUUCCACCUGCCAAUGUAUAGCAUGCUGGAGACCGAUAUCAAGGGCCCCGGGCAGCAAACCAAUGCGCAGACCGGGGGUUCCGGUACCCCAGGGGGCAAGAGCGGCGCUGCCACCCCUGACCAGGACCGGGUGAAGCGACCGAUGAACGCCUUCAUGGUGUGGUCCAGGGGGCAGAGGCGGAAGAUGGCCCAGGAGAAUCCCAAGAUGCACAACUCUGAGAUCAGCAAGCGGCUGGGUGCGGACUGGAAGCUGCUGAGCGAUGCGGAGAAGCGGCCCUUCAUAGACGAGGCCAAGAGGCUGCGGGCAGUGCACAUGAAGGAGUACCCGGACUACAAGUACAGGCCAAGGAGAAAGACCAAGACCCUGCUAAAGAAGGACAAGUACUCCCUGCCGGGUAACCUUCUGGCCCCAGGUGUCAGCCCAGUAUCCAGCUCAGUGGGAGUGGGACAGAGAAUAGACACCUAUGCCCAUAUGAAUGGAUGGACUAAUGGGGCUUAUUCCCUGAUGCAGGACCAGCUGGGCUACAGUCAGCACCCGGGGAUGAAUAGCCCCCAGAUCCAGCAGAUGCACAGGUAUGACAUGACCGGCCUUCAGUACAGCCCCAUGAUGUCCUCAGCCCAGACCUACAUGAAUGCAGCCUCCACCUACAGCAUGUCCCCAGCAUACAGCCAGCAGACCUCCACCGUCAUGAGCCUGGGCUCCAUGGGCUCAGUGGUGAAAUCAGAGCCCAGUUCUCCCCCUCCUGCAAUCACCUCUCACACUCAGAGAGCCUGCUUAGGAGACCUGAGAGAUAUGAUCAGCAUGUACCUGCCUCCAGGUGGGGAUGGGAGUGACCCCUCUGCCCUGCAGAACAGCAGACUGCACAGUGUUCACCAGCAUUACCAAAGUGCAGGGACUGGGGUGAAUGGCACUGUACCACUAACGCACAUUUAAGACUGGUCACUUCUCAUCUUAUCAUGGACGCUUUGCUUGCCUGUCAAGCAGACAGUGUGCAUCACACCUGCAGACAAGGAAUGGAAAGGGUGGUGUUGUUUUUUGUACAGUUUACGCAAACUUCCUUUAUAGAGCACAACACUUUUUGUGUACUUUGGGGUCCUCUGUGGGAUUUUAAACACAGUGAUUCCUAGGUGAGCCUUCUGUUUAAGGCUCUUGUAUCUUCAGCUUUAGAAGUAAAUUGGGGACUAUUAACCAUAAUCCAAUGUUUACAAGUUUUAUUGAUAUGCUCAAGAUUUACUUGAGACUUAUCCAAAAUGUAGAUUUUAUCAUUAACUUUUAGCCCUUUUUUUUCUUUACACAGAGCUGUGCGGGUCGCAAACGCAAGGUUUUUAUUUUAUUUCCCCUCCCCCUUUAAUUUAUAGCCAGUUAUGUAUGUUUUCAUCACCUGUAAAUUUCUGUAUUUUUUUUUUUUGAGUUUGUCUUGUUUUCAUGAAAUUUUACUGUGAAUUGUUUAACACCCCCCCCCCCCCCCUCCCCAAACAUUAAAAAAAAAAAAUGUUUUACUUGGGAUUUUACAGACUUUUCAGUUGAAGGUAAACCACAAUAUCAAUAAAUUUUCUAAGAGGAAUAUAA